AUUAAAAAUUUAAGAGAGAGAAACACCCACCUGUUAGGCUCCUGCUACAGUCCCUCUCUCUCUAAUAAUGAAUCUAAGAGAGAGAAACAGCCACCUUUAGGGCCGCUUCUCUCUCUAAUUCAACCCCUUUCGACAAAAUUUUGGAAUCCGGUCAGCUUCUCCAUAUUAUUAUCAUUGUUUAUCAUUAUUACCAUCAUCACCUGCGUCUAUUGAGCUGGACUCUCUCUCUCUUCUGUCUCUUUCCCUUUCGAUCCUAUUUGGGCCUGGUUUUUGUAGUGUCAUAUCCUCCAAAGUGAAUAGGAGAGAGAGAGACAAAACCAUGGCUUUUGCUGGAACAACCCAAAAAUGUCAAGCUUGUGAGAAGACUGUUUAUUUGGUGGAUCAGCUCACUGCUGAUAAUAGAGUCUAUCACAAGGCCUGCUUCCGCUGCCAUCACUGUAAUGGUACUCUCAAGCUCAGCAAUUAUUCUUCCUUUGAGGGUGUCCUAUACUGCAAGCCUCACUUUGAUCAACUCUUCAAAAGAACAGGGAGUUUAGAUAAGAGUUUUGAAGGGACCCCAAAAGUUGUGAAAGCUGACAAAUCUGUUGAUCAUGAGGGCCACGCCACAAACAAGGUUUCAAGUUUGUUUGCUGGAACUCAGGAUAAAUGUGUAGCUUGUAAGAAGACUGUGUACCCCAUAGAAAAGGUGGCAGUUGAUGGUACGUCUUAUCACAGGCCUUGCUUUAAAUGUACCCAUGGAGGAUGUGUCAUAAGCCCAUCCAACUAUGUAGCACAUGAGGGUAGGCUCUACUGCAAACAUCACCAUAAUCAGCUUUUCAAGGAAAAGGGAAAUUUCAGCCAACUUGACAAGCAUGACCAUUCUAAAGGGGUGACUGAGAACACGGUAGUUGCUGAGUGAGACAUUUAUUCUUUAAGGCAAUUUGUUCUCUACAUGGCUUGUAAUCACAGGUUGAUGAGGCGGAAAUUCAAUUAUCUCACCAUGGGAUUGACAUGCAAAGUCCUAGAUAGGAGAUACUGUUUUAUGAUGUGUUUAGAUUAAGUGUUUGAGAGAUGGGUGUGUAUAUUUAUAUUUAUAUAUCGCAUUCUGAAUGGUAGAAUGAAAUGGCCGUUUUGUCGUAUGAUCAGUAUGGUUUGUAUAGGUUAAUGGUCGUGUUUGUUGGUGUGAGAGAUGUACGAGGAAUAUAUGGUUGGCAUUUUUGACUCUGACAAGCAUAGUUUGUCUAUUAUUGGUGUUUUAGCUGUUGAUGAAGUUGGUGAGUUAUCUUCACUAUUUGUGGUGCUAGAUAUGUUUUGUAUGUUUUUGUUUUGUUCUUGAGUUA